AUGAGCGUCUACAAUAACGACAACAAUACGCCGGUCACGGUGGAGAAGCUCGCUGAGGCCAAUGUCGCCGAAAUCAAAGUCCUUCGAGGCUCAGAGGCCUACAACGAAGCCCGCCUCAAGGAAUCUCCGAGCUUCCGCAACCUCAUCACAUGGCGCCUCAUGGGAUGCCUCCUUCUCGGUUGCUUCUGCCAAACCAUGAACGGCUUCGACGGCUCGCUCUUCAACGGUAUAUCGGCCAACAAUACCUUCACUGACUUCUUUCCUGGAGCUGGCGCAGCCGGCGACUGGCAAGCUGUCACCUCAGCCAUGUACCAAGUCGGCGGACUUUCUGCGCUGCCAUUUGUUGGCCCGUGUAUCGAUACCUGGGGACGACGCAUUGGAAUGGUCAUUGGAGCCGUUCUGAUCGUCAUCGGCGUCGUCAUCAAUGGCUGCACCGUCUACGAUGUGUCCAAUGCAAAUGCAAUGUUGAAGGGAGGCCGCUUCAUUCUAGGAUUCGGCGUGUCCAUCGUCUCUGGUGCUGGUCCGAUCUACGUUGUCGAAACUGCCCAUCCAGCAUGGCGUUCUAUCAUUACUGCCUACUGCAAUACCUUCUGGUUCGUGGGCUCGGUCCUGGCUGGCGGCGCUUGUCGAGGGGCCAUCACAAUCAGUGGCAAUGCUUCUUGGUUGAUUCCAGUCUGGCUCCAGCUAUUCUUUCCUGCCCUCAUUUUGUGCUUCGUGUGGUUCAUUCCAGAGUCUCCCAGAUGGCUUUUCGUCAACAACAAGCGCGAGAAGGCCACCGCCGUCCUCACUAAAUGGCAUGGCAAGGGCAACCCAGACUCGCCAUGGGUGUCGCUUCAGCUCUCCGAAUAUGAAGAGCAUCUCAACAUGGAGGGCGCAGACAAGCGCUGGUGGGAUUACAGCGUCUUCUUCAACAAUCGGUCGAACAGGUAUAGGAUCGCCUGUAACGGUGUCUUCUCAGCUUUCGGGCAAUUGGCCGGCAAUGGAGCUCUCAGCUAUUAUAUGACUGCCGUUCUCCUGACAAUCGGCAUCACCGACGAGAUCAAGAGAACAAACAUCAUCCUCGGGUACGGAAUUUUCCAAUGGGGCUUUGCGCUCAUCGGCGCCGCAUUCGUCGAACGCAUUGGCCGCCGGAAGCUCAUGCUCUUCAGCAUGGCUGGGUGCACCGUCUGCUGGACGAUCGUGACAGGCACAGCUUCAGCUUACUCUGCAUCCGGCGGCAAGAUCCUCGCUGACGGAACGGUCAUUCCCGGCUCGAACCACGCCGCUGGCACGACUGUCUUGGCCUUUAUAUUUAUCUUCGGCGCCGUCUACUCCGUGGGGAUUACACCACUGCAGGCACUCUACCCUGUCGAGGUCAUCUCGUUCGAACAACGCGCUAAAGGAAUGGCAUUUAGCGCAUUUUGCGUGAAUGCCGCGGGUCUCCUGAAUGGUUACGCCUGGCCUGUUGCCCUGAAGGAGAUCUCCUGGUACACGUACAUCAUCUUUACCAUCUGGUGUGCGAUUCAGACCGUGGUCUUCUACUUCUUGAUGCCGGAGACUCGCCGAAGAACUCUCGAGGAGAUGGACAAGAUUUUCGAGGCUCCAAACCCUGUCAAGGAGUCCCUCAAGCCGCACAAGGUUGCUGUCAACUCCGAAGGCACUAUCCUUGCUACGGAGGACAUUUGA